UAUACAAAUAAAUGGGUUCAGCAUGUUAAAAACAUAAUAUUGAUAAUUCUGAUUAUUCAUAUACUGAUGAAAUUAAAUAACAAGACUUUAAAACAGAGAAAGAAUAUUAUCCUUUAAAAGUUCACAAAGGAGGUAGAAAACCUCUACAUAAAACUAAAAUACCUAUAAAAUAAAUCGAAACUGACCAUCAUUUUUAAGAAUCAGCAUCACAAUCUGUUGACUUAAUAAAUCUAUAACCAAAGUCUUGCCAUUUAAAAUCUACUCAUUCAAGUUCAGAAAAAAAAAUAAUUACUAAUGAAACAAAAAAUCAAUUAAUUAGCAUAAUCAAAUAGCCAAGGUCAUACAAAAACAUUUAAUCAUAAUAACUGACUUUUUCCAUAAUUAAUAGUAAACGAUAAUUAACAAAUAAAAAACUUAGAGGAUAAUCAGAAAAACAUGUUAGAUUUAAAUUAACAAAAUCACAAAUAUAAAGAUAAAGAUCACAUUCCCAAUCCAGAAUAAGAUCAAAUAUUUAAGUAUAUAUUAAUUUGUGA